UGGAGGAACUGGAUCUGUGUUAGUUACCGUAGUCUGCCUCCACCAGGAGCGUCGGCUGGACUAAAACUUCAUCUAACACUCAGACUCCACACACACUCGUUGGAAUAUGGGCUUCCUGCUGACCAAGAUGAUGGCCGUGUUCGGUGACAGAGAGCACAAAGUCAUCGUUGUGGGUCUGGACAACGCAGGAAAGACAACCAUCCUCUACCAGUUUCUGACAAAGGAAGCCGUCCACACAUCCCCGACCAUUGGCAGCAACGUUGAGGAGAUAACCAUACGCAACACACACUUCUUGGUUUGGGAUAUCGGAGGACAGGAGAGCCUUCGAGCCAGCUGGCACUCGUACUAUUGCAACACAGAGAUUGUCAUUCUGGUUGUGGACAGCACUGACCGGGAGCGUCUGACUGUAACCAAAGAAGAACUGCACCAGAUGCUCGCACAUGAGGAUCUUAAGAGCGCAGCCAUUCUUAUUCUGGCCAACAAACAAGACGUGAAAGGCUCAAUGACGGCAGCAGAGAUCUCUCAGUGCCUCACACUUAACUCCAUCACAACACACUCCUGGCAUGUCCAAGCCUGCUGCGCCCUGACAGGAGAGGGUCUACCUGCCAGUCUGGACUGGAUGAGGUCGCGGGUUGUGGCAAACUAAAAUGCCAUCCAGUGGUUCAACCUUCCUGAAACUGAGCCAACCUGCACAGGCCACAGUGUCAGAUUUAUUUACAGUGUUUUAGGCUACGUCCUGUGAACAUGGUGACUGUGACAGAGCCUGCGUUACCACACUUGCAGUACAGUAUGUUUUACCCUCAAGGAGAGUAAAACCCCCAACCCUCCGUCUGGCUGAGCCUCAGGGUUGAUGAGCCUGAACCUGAAACCUGGAUGAUUUUAAGGUUGACAGACUCACUCCGGCCAAAUAUCAGAACCCUGGGUCUUCAGUGUCUUCUACUCUUCAAGAAUCGCUUGGUGGCUUGAUUAUAUUUUUGUAAUCUUUCGUGCCUGAACUACUUCCAUAUUAUUUACCUCAAUAGGUACACAACAGCCUUUGAACCGCAAAGGCCGUUACUAGCUGCCUAACAUUAAACCUCUAUGGAAGACAGAGCUGUAACUGAAACAAACUAUAAGCAGACACUGUCACUGUCACUCCCGUGGCCUCCGCUUCUCAGACAUUCUGCUGCGUUAGGAUGCGAGUCUGCACCUGAUGAAUGAACUUAUGCUUUAUGCCAGAGAGGAACAGUUCUGUUUUGUUAAACCUAAAGAUGUUCGGUAAUUUACUUUGAAAAAAAAAAACUAUUUACUGUAUAUUACAGCAAUUUACUGAACAGCAAAAUAGGUUAGCUGCUAUUGAUUACAUGUUAUAUUUAAAAUAUAUAUUUUUUAUUGUGUAAUUUUUUUAAUAAAUUGUGUUAUUAAAACAUA